AUGCAGCGGGAUCUUUUAGACGUACGGAACGGGAAGCGCGUCAAAAAGCGCGUUUCGCGGGCGCUGGACCGGAAACUUCCGGUCGGCUGGGAGACCCUACGACACACCUUUACAUCUGUCCGGCUAAAGGGCGAGCGUGGCUCGUUUUUGUCCCGUUCAAAACGCAUCUCGCCGGUGCCGCUGCAGCUCGGAUCGUCCGGAUGGGGGGCCCCCCGAGUCUUUUUUUUUAAUUUCUCCUUUCAAUUUGACCGAGACAAAAAGGCGCGC